UCUCCCGCACACCGACCACCACCGUAUAUUCAUUUAUUUCAUUUCUAAAAUAUUAAAUACUAUAAUAGUACUCAUAAUUAAUUUUAAAAUAACACACUUUCUCUCUCUGUACAUUUAUUAUACAUUUUCUUUCUCUCUCUUCCAUGGUGGAACACGGUGGAGCAAAAGUCACCGGAAGAAGAAACAAGAUCGAAUCCCAAAUUCUAGGGUUUCUGAAUUGCUGAAUUCGUUAUCGAAGAAGAAAAAUGCCGAUAUCGAAGUAUCUUAUACGAAACGAGUACAGUUUAGCGGAUCCUGAACUGUACCGUGCUGCUGAUAAAGAUGACCCUGAAGCUCUUCUUGAAGCUGUUGCCAUGGCUGGUCUUGUUGGACUUCUUCGUCAGCUCGGUGACCUUGCUGAGUUUGCUGCGGAGAUCUUCCAUGAUUUACAUGAAGAAGUAAUGGCUACUGCUGCAAGAGGCCACAGUCUUACGGCUCGUGUUAAACAGCUUGAGGCUGAAGUUCCUUCACUUGAAAAGGCCUUUUUUUCUCAAACUCAUCAUUCAUCAUUUUUUACUAAUGGAGGGAUUGAUUGGCAUCGCAAUAUUCAGUCUGAACAAAAUCUCGUUUCUAGUGGAAACUUACCUCGAUUAAUAAUGGAUUCAUACGAAGAAUGCCGUGGUCCCCCUAGACUGUUCCUUCUGGAUAAGUUUGAUGUGGCUGGGGCUGGGGCAUGUCUGAAGCGUUAUACUGAUCCAUCAUUCUUUAAAGCGGAGUCAGCUUCAUCUGUAAGAGCCACAGUACAAGUCCACAGGGAAAAAAGAAUUCGUAAAGUCAAGCAGAAGAAAGGAGGACGGAUAAGGGACGGUGAAGCUCCAAAUGCUGUACCAACACAUUCAAAAUUACAUCAGCUGCUUCUUGAGGAACGUAUUGAGAAUGGUUAUAGUAAUCCUGCACGCCUAGUUAAAUUAAAGAAAAGACAAUUGAACGUGCCUUCCGUUGAAGGAAAAUCUGGGAAAAGUUACAUGGAGAAAUUUCUAGAAACUCCCUCACCUGAUUAUAAAAUGAUUUGCGAAACUUCAAUCUUUCCACUACCUGUGAAACCGACAUCAGAUGAUACUGGUGAAGCAGGGAUUAAAAUUCUUGAAAUCAGUAGCUUUAGUCCUUUGAGAAAGUCGACUGGGAGAAAUGAAAACACCUGUUCAUCCCCUAAUGAGCAGGAAUUUGAUAUAAACCAAUUUCCAGAAGGGGUUGGUGAGACAAAUGGAGAUCUUGUGAUGGUGAAAGAACAAAUCUCAGCAGGUGUAACAGAUGAAGUGUCUUUUAAUGAUGUCAAGGUGUCUGAUGAAACAGAACUGGCAAUCAAGGAACAAAAGAAAUUUGAAAACAGCUUAAAUAGGCAUCAUUCUGAUGAUGUGACUAGUGAGGUUGACAACUACAUGGAUGCUUUAACUACCAUGGAGUCAGAAUUGGAAACAGAUGAUGAGUAUAAACCUAGAAAAAGCUUCUUGAAAAAUCAAAAGGUAACAGAUGCCAAUAAAGAACGUCGAUUACUAGCUCGAUUUUCAGAUUCUCACUCAUUUGCAGACUCCUCAACAUCUGACGACAAUAGCCCAUUCAAACAAGAGAAAAAUGAGGAAGAUAUUGAAGUCAAAGCUCGGUUAUCAGAUUCUCACUCAACUGGAACCUCCUCAACAUCAGACAAUAGUAGCUCAUUCAGAGUAGAUGAAGAUGAGCACGUGAAACUGCGAACUCACUUUUCAGAUUCUCAAUCUACCAAAAACUCUUCUACGUCAGAUGUAAAUAGUUCUUCCAAGAAAGAUAAAUCUUAUUUCUCUCAUUCUGAUUCAUUGAGCACUGUUGUUGAAAAUACACAAUCAGAACCCAUUUUAUUCACAACUUCUAAAUAUUAUGAACCGGAAAUUGAAGGUACACCAUCGAACCAGCUUCCCAAAAUUGUUGAGUUUCAAAAUACAGAUAGUAGGAAGUUUGUCAUGCAUGAUGAUGUACGUGUUCAUGAAGAAGAGGCUUCUGACUCUUGGAAAACAUAUUCGGAUCUGUUGACUUCAGGAAAGUUGUCGUGUUCUGAUCUUGAACCUACCAAACCAGUGAUGCUACCUGCAGUGACUCAGUCCGACGAAACCAUUUCUGACAAUGAUGCAGACAGAGCAGGUCUCGUUGAAUCUGUUGCUUCCAAACCUUCUUCUCCCUCCCUAAUAAAAGAUGAUACUUGCCCAGUGGAUUCUUCUGAUAAAAUUUCAUUGGACAACUUGGUUGAUGAUGAUCCACAUAUUCAUUCUCAUGAUUUGUUACAAUUUUCUAAUGGUUCACCAAAAGAUUCCCUUUGUCCAUCCAUCGAAGAACCAGACUUGAAUUCAGGUCUUAAUGUGGUGCAUGGUGAUGAAAUAACUGGAUCCAGAAGCAGUGUUGAUCAAGAUGAAGGUGAUGGUCAUUUUAAAAAUCCAUCUUCUCCUCGUAAUCAUAUGAAGAUAAAUGGUGAUGUCAGUGAAAUUGUUGCGUCAAAAGGUCAACCUGUUCCUUCUGUUGAUAGCGCUGAAAAUGAUGCGGGUAUCAAUGCUUGUCCAGCUUCAGGUAUGAUUUGUUCUCCGUCAAGGAGCCUUUCAAAUCAGCAAGAACUGGUCCCGGCUCCUUCAGAUUCUUAUCAGAUUGAAUCCAAUGAAGUGGAAUUGACUCAAAUUUUCAUGGACUCAAAUACUGAGAUGAGCAACAAUCAAUUGGCACCAUUAUCAGAUACAACAUCAUCUGAUAUCAUACAUCCUCCAGUGAGUAAUCUUACAAAAUCAGAAGAAUCUCUUUCUGCUUUUGCAAAUCCAAAUGAGAUAGAGACGGAAGUCUAUGAGGCAGUUGCUAGAGAAUCUUCGACCGUGCUAGAGGGAAAGAAGGUCGCGGUUCAUCCGGAAAUUGUUUCUGCAGAUGUACAAAUGAACCUUAACAAAUCGGAGCCCUGUGAUCUUCCAGAUUUGGAAAAUAACAUUGAAAAGUCAUCUCCUAGGGUGAAAAUCCAUCAGACUGGCUUUAUAGAUGAUGCGAAAAUGGUGCCUGAAUUUUCUGAGUUUGACACUCGGCAGUCAGAAUCUACCAGUUAUGGCCGGAAUGAUCUUUUACAGAAUGACAGAAAUAGUUUUUCAUCACCACCUUAUAACCAGUUCGAGUCUGAAACUUACUUAGAGCCCCAUUUGCAAUCACAACUUGGUGAAAAGGAUGGAGAGUUUCCGCUCAAAUACGAGGAAAACUUUGCCUCUGAGAAAUCUCAAUCUCAGCAGAUAUAUGAAUUGAAGCAAGAAGGCACUCAUGCUCCUUCUGAAUCUUUUUCAGAAAUCCCUGCAGAUGAAUCAUCAUCAGUUCAUUCUUCACCACAGUCAUCUGGCUUGGAGAUCAACUCUACACAGUAUGCUGUGGAUCCAUUGAAGUCUCUUCUCCCCGACCUCUCUCCCAUGGAAACUGAAAACAAACUUGAUGAGAUGCCACCUAUGCCCCCUCUACCUCCGAUGCAAUGGAGAAUGGGCAAGGUUCAACCUGCUUCCAUAGAUUCGCAUAGAGAUGAUUUAGAAGUGCAUCAGGCUUCAGUCCAAUCAAUGCAGCCAAUCAUGCCUGACAAGAAGUCUCAAUUUGGUUUGCCGGCUUCUGAUGGAGAGAUUUUAUUUUAUCAGAAUCCAUUUUCACCUGCCAUGCCUUUGGAAAGUGAUAUGCUUCGACAUUCUUCUGCCGUGGGUGUUUCUGGGCAUCCAGUUGCUUUACCUUUUCAGUUUCCUCUCAUGGUUAAUGAAGCAAAUGGUCAGUAUAAUUACCUCGUGAUGGACAGAAACCAAAUUCAGAACCCCUUCAUAACGCUGCCCAUGGUAGCUACGAGCAUGCAUCCACCACAUGGUUACAUUGUUGCUUCUGAGGGAGAAAUGGUACAGACUUCAAACCCAUAUGCACCAAUACUACCUGCUGCAUAUACUCUCUCUGGAGAUGAUUCCACCCCUCCACAAGUGGAACCAUUUCAACAUCCAACUCAAUCAAAGACAGAGACUAGUGCAGAUGAUAAAACACCUGAGCAGCCUAUACAUAAUGUAGUGUCUAGGGACGGGCCUCCAAACAGUCACGUUAUUGCUUCUGAGGGAGAAAUGGUACAUAAUUCAAGCCCAUUCCUUCCAAUACCACCUGCCGAAUGUGCUAAUUCUGGACAGGAUUCCAUCACUCCUUUAGAAAAUUUGACUCAAUCUCCUAGUCAAGUAAUGACAGAGACUAGUUCAGAUGAUACAAGGACAACACUUCCACAGUCUAUGAGUAAUGUUAUAUCUAUUGACGAGUCUCCACACAGUGACUUUGUCACUUCUGAGGAAGAAAUGGUACAAAGUUCUAACCCAUGCUCUCCUAUACUAUCCGCUGAAUCUUCUGUUUCUGAACAUGAUUCCAUCUCUCCACAAGAAAAAAUAACUCAAUCUCCAAGUCAGUUAUUGACGGAGACUAGUUCUGAAGUUGAAACACCUAAUCAUUCUGUAAGUAAUGUAGAAGGGGAGCAGAGACAAUUGGGUAUUUCGCUCAUGGUGCCACCAAACAUGGAAAGUGUGGAGCUCAAUCAGACAUUCCAGCCCUUUGAGGGGGGAAUGUCAUCCUUGGAUCCAUCUGCUCAAACAUCAGAGUUUGAGAGUGAAAGGAUAAAUGUAAAGUCAAAGCAUAAGAUUCCUCGUCCUCGGAAUCCUCUAAUUGAUGCUGUUGCUGCUCACGACAAAAGCAUGCUUAAGAGGGCUACUGAGCGGGUUAUGCCUCAAAUAGAACCAAAGGUAGAUGAAAGAGAUUCAUGGUUAGAACAGAUACGAACAAAGUCUUUCAACUUGAAGCCUGCUGUGGCUACACGACCUAGGAUUCAAGGUCCAAAAACAAAUAUGAAGCUUGCUGCCAUCUUGGAGAAAGCUAAUUCAAUUCGCCAGGCUUUGGCUGGAAGUGAUGAAGAUGAUGAGGAUAGUUGGAGUGAUUCUUGAGUUUAUUCUGGAAAGUGUUCUCAACUGGUGAAUAUUUUGAUAUUCUAGUUUUGUCUUUGAACCGGGAAAUGUCCAUGAAGUCAUUCUAGUUGUUAUAUGACUCCAAAGAGAUCCCCCUCUUGGUUCUCUUUCUUCACAUAUUUAAGCAUAAACACUGGUCCUAGCAUACAAAUUAGCAUCAAUGCAGGUCCGUUCUCAGAGGUGAAUUCACUUCGCGUGAGACAGAUAAGGCAGAUAAAGCGCAGUGUGCAACCACUGUACCAGUCCAGAUUCAAUCCAUCAACAAAUACCCCCAUGUAUACCACUCAUAUUAGCAAAUGUAUAUUUGUAUCUGUCAUGAAUAUCCAGUUUUGAAAUUAUGUAAUUUAGUGUUUCGUGAUAGUUGCCUCACAUAUUGUAGUUCAUCUGUGUCCAAUGUAGCAAAAUCAUUAGUGUACAGUUUCUAGCAUUACCUUUGUUCAUUUAUACACAUUAUUUAUGGGUACUCUUGUCAUGUAUGAGCAAAACUUGGCAGUGGUAAAUAAAAGGGCAUAAAGAUGACAAAUGCCUAUUUCUGCUGGUGCAUGCAUUACAUAUUAGAUUAAACACAAUGACAAGUUAUUUUUUUAUAAUCA